AUUUAGAUAAGUGUUGGUUGAAUUUUACAGCGGGGACUUUUACACAUUUUUGACACUUCACAUUUUUGAACCGGAAGUACUCAGUUGUAUCCAGUGCUUGUAUUUCUGAAAAAAACUUGUUUUGUCAUUUUAAUCCGCGGAGUAACACAGUACCUGUGAAACGAUGGAUGUUGAAGAGAGGACUUAUGGUGGUUGUGAAGGCCCGGAUGCCAUGUAUGUAAAGCUGAUCUCUUCAGAUGGCCAUGAGUUUAUUGUAAAGAGAGAGCAUGCUUUAACCUCUGGCACCAUCAAAGCUAUGCUGAGUGGACCUGGUCAGUUUGCUGAAAAUGAAACCAAUGAGGUGAACUUCCGGGAGAUCCCGUCUCAUGUUCUCUCCAAAGUUUGCAUGUAUUUUACCUAUAAAGUGCGCUAUACCAACAGCUCGACGGAAAUUCCAGAAUUUCCCAUUGCUCCUGAGAUUGCCUUGGAAUUGCUUAUGGCUGCAAACUUUCUUGAUUGUUAGGAAUGGAGAAUGUGUUGUACUGUGACCUACUUAUUUGCCAUCAUAUAUAUCCUAUGAUUUGAGAGUGUUUAUUUAUGAAUGUUUUUCAUUUUUGAUCCAUUGAGGGUGUUUUGUGGUUAUGUUUGUAAUGGCUAGAUAAUUUGUGUUUUGUAUGCAGUGUUUUAAAUGUCUUACAAUCAUUUUGUAUUUGCAAGUCUUUUGCAAUUGUCCUAGUGGCAUUUGCGCUAGGAAUAAAUAUGGAUGAACCAAAUAUAUCAUUGUCACACCUGUAUUUGUUUUUGACUGGUUUAAUAUUUAAAAGAAUAAACAAAAUGGCUUGCAAGAUGCAAGUAAACACGAA